AUGACUGCCCAAGGUCCUACAGUGGGGGAGCUAAGAGCAAAACUCAGGCCAGCAAUACUGGGCAGAAGAACAAGUUCGUUGAAACCAUGGAUUAUUGUCCUUAUUAUUGGAGCUGUUGUAUUGGUUCUAGCAAUAAUCACCAGUCUUCUUGCUUAUUUUUUGGCAUUUGAUCAGAAGUUUCACUAUUACCAAACCUUCUUCCAGAUCCCCAAUAUUGAAUAUAAUCCCAAUUUUUCAGUGGAACACUCAAAAUUUAGGACCGAACUACAACAAAAAAUAAAAAAAGAGGUAAAUAAGCUAUUUCAAAGAUCCAGUUUAAAUCUCCAUUACAUCAAGUCUCAUGUUGUCGACCUUAGGUCAAGUAAUGAAGGUUUGAAAAUAGAUGUACUGCUUAAAUUUCAGUUUGCUUCUAACAAUGCAGACGAAAUAAAAAGGCAAGCUGAAAACAUUUUGCAUCAGAAGUUGAAAUUAAAUGACAGCUGCUUGACGAUAAAUACUUCAUUACCUUAUCUUAGAGAUAUGAGUGAAGCACAAGCACAGCACAUUCUGAACAGCUAUUGUGGUUUAGGGAAAGAGACCCCAUCUAUGGAAAGAAUUGCUGAUGGUUAUCCUGCAAAGAAAGCUGAUUGGCCAUGGCAAGCCAGCCUGCAGAUGGGCGUCCAUUUCUGUGGAGCAUCUUUGAUCAGUGAGGAGUGGCUCCUGGCUGCUGCUCACUGCUUUGACACUUACAAAAAUCCCAGACUCUGGGUGGCUAGUUUUGGAAGAACUCUAUGUCCUCCACUGAUGAGAAGAAAAGUGCAGAGAAUUAUCAUUCAUGAAAACUAUGCUGCCCAUAAGCAUGAUGAUGACAUCGCUGUGGUGACGCUCUCCACCCCCCUCACGUUUUCCGAGGAAGUGGGAAGAGUCUGUCUCCCAGAUGUUUCUUUUGAAGUCUGGCCUCAGAGUAAAGUGUUUGUCACUGGAUGGGGAGCAUUAAAAGCAAAUGGUCCCUUUCACAAUACUCUGCAACAAGUUGAAGUAAAGGUCAUAAAAAAUGAUAUAUGUAACCAAGUUAAUGUAUAUGGUGGUGCUGUAUCAUCAGGAAUGAUCUGUGCUGGAUUUUCAGGAAAACUAGAUGCCUGUGAAGGAAGAUCUGAAGGACCUCUGGUUAUAGCACAUGAUAGAAACAUUUGGUAUCUUAUUGGAAUAGUAAGCUGGGGAAUAGACUGUGGAAAAGAAAACAAGCCCGGACUUUAUACCAGAGUGACUCUGUAUCGGGACUGGAUUAAAUCUAAAACGAACAUCUAA